ACAGCAACAAAACAACCGGAGCUAUAAUUUGACACAAGCUUUCUCCUCUCGGAUCUACACACAUAUAAUCUCUCCCUCUCUCUGAUCACCAAAAGAUGAAAAAUCUAGGGUUCGAUUCAAACAAUUCCUAACCUGAAAUGCUCCCUACCUCUCCACUACCAUUCACAUUCAAUCCAUUACUUUCACUCACUAACGAAUCAACCGACGCUUUUGAAUUUGAAUUCUCCAAGUAUUUUCCAUUCAAUUCAUCUCUCUUCUCUCGCGGAAUGGAUCUUUCCAGAUUCGGAGAGAAGAUUUUGAGCUCUGUUCGCUCCGCUAGAUCUCUCAAUCGCCCGGAGGUUCCGGCCAGAGCGGUUGCUGCGGCAGCUAUUGCGCGUGCUCUUGCUAGUUUACCUCCACACCAGAGGUAUAAUAUUUCCUCCAGUUCCGAAGAGCUCACCUCGAUUUAUGGUAGUGCUACUCAUGGCGAAGUUGUCGCGGAGCUCGAGGAAGAGUUUUAUCAGGAAGAAUUUGAUCCUGUGAGACAUGUCCUGGAGAACAUUCCAUCUGAGGAAAUUGAGGUGGCGUACUUUGAGGAAAAGAUGCACCUGCAUUCCGUUGUUUCAUAGGCUGCACUUAGGUUGGCACAACUGGAUAAAAUAUCAGAGCACUUGUCUCGCCAUGUUAUGGAGCACUAUGAACAGAUGGUGAAUGGGAUGCAUUUAGUGAGGGAGUUGGAAAAAGAUUUGAAGGUUGCAAAUGUCAUCUGCAUGAAUGGUCGAAGACAUUUAAACUCGUCGAGGACUGAAGUAUCGAGGGAUCUCAUUGUCACCACGAAUUCUAAAAGAAAACAAGCUCUUCUGGAUAUGCUUCCCGUGUUAACUGAAUUACGUUAUGCACUUGACAUACAAGUGGCACUUGAAACUCAUGUGGAGCAAGGAAACUUUUGUAAGGCAUUUCAAGUACUCUCUGAGUAUCUGCAACUUUUGGACAGUUUCUCUGAGCUUUCAGCGGUACAAGAGAUGAGCCGCGGAGUUGAGGUUUGGUUGGGUAAAACUCUUCAAAAGCUGGACUCACUUUUGCUAGGGGUGUGCAAAGAUUUCAAAGAGGAGAGCUAUAUAACUGUGGUUGAUGCAUAUGCAAUAAUUGGGGAUGUUUCUGGUCUUGCUGAGAAAGUGCAAAGCUUCUUUAUGCAGGAGGUUCUUUCUGAGACCCACUCUGUUCUGAAAAACAUCAUAAGAGAGGAUGCAGAAUCUCCUAACAGGAUAAGUACAAGUUGCAGACUUACGUACAGCGACCUAUGCCUGCAAAUUCCUGAAUUAAAGUUUAGGCAGUGUUUGCUGGAAACUUUGGCUGUUCUUUUUGAUUUGAUGUGUUCAUAUUAUGCUAUAAUGAGUUUUCAGCCAGAGAAUCAGCUGCAGGAUUCAACAUGCCGCCCUCUGAUCUUGAAGCAGAAGCAAGACAAUGAUAGCAAUUCUUUGGGUGAUAAUCAGCACGUUUCUUUAGUAACGGAUUCUAACACUUCCCAUAAAAAUGAUAGACCUCCCUCUGGAUCUGCCGAAAGGAGUCCCAUUUCAAAUGUAAUGGAGGAACCUGCAACCGACGCGUUGUGUGAUGACACCUUAAUCAAUGGCUCUGAUUAUCCAUUAUCUCCUGAAUCUGAGGCAAGGGAUGGUGGUAAAGAAGCAUCAAGCAGUGGCUCUCCAUGGCUUCUGUUGCGAAAUGAUGCUACUGUGUAUGUAUCACAAACUUUACAGAGAGGUCGUAAAAAUCUGUUGCAACUCGCUACAAGCCGUGUGGCAGUACUUCUUUCAUCUUCUGCCGUUUGUUCUACCAGUAUACAUGAAUUUUUAAAGAAUUAUGAAGAUCUAAAUGUCUUCAUCUUACUUGGGGAAUCUUUUUCUGCGGUUGAAGCAGUUGAGUUUAGGCAUAAAGUAAAAGAUAUUUGUGAAAAUUAUUUUGCAGCAUUUCAUCGGCAAAAUGUAUAUGCACUGAAAAUGGUUAUGGAGAGGGAGAAUUGGAUGAUAAUGCCGUCUGACACAACUCAAGCUAUAAGUUUUGCGGGCCUUGUGGGUGAUGGAGCAGCAUUAAUUGUUCCAUCGAAUAGUUCUUCUACUGGGCGAGGGAGUCACUCUAGUAAAUCAGCAAAUUCAGCUGAAAUUGCAUUUAAAAAGAGCGGUUUCUCCGAUUGGCUGGAAAAAGGAAACCCAUUUUCUAUGAAAUUGGCUACCAAGGAACCUAGUGAUUCCUUGUCACAGAAUGGGUUACUUUCCCCAAGUGAAUCUGAGGGCAAGAAUUUACUGCUUAGUUCCAAAACAUCUCCCAAAAAUAGGGGGAGCACUCAUAUUAAUGGCUAUAUAGAACUUUUGGAAGAUGAAAAUGAAGAUCUUCUUGCUGACUUCAUUGAUGAAGACAGCCAACUUCCAAGUCGGAUUUCUAUAACUAAGCACACAAGAAAUCGAUCUUCACAUUCAUAUGACACAGAGGCAAUAGCGCACACAGGAUCUUCACUUUGUCUUUUGAGGCUGAUGGACAAAUAUGCAAGGCUGAUGCAGAAAUUAGAGAUAAUCAACAUUGACUUCUUUAAGGGAAUAUGCCAAUUAUUCGGGUUGUACUUCAGUUUUGUGUUUGAGAGCUUUGGUCAGCAAAAUACUCAUCCUAGCGGGCAAGGCUCAAACCACCAUCUGACUUAUCGGCUGAAAACAGCUUUAUCUAGGAUUUCCCAAGAUUCUGAUCCUUGGAUAAAAUCCCAGUCAGUAUCAUCUUCUUUAGCAUCUAAGAAUGUGCCAUCGUCUUAUAUGGACAUCACACCUGCUAGUCCACCCAGUGCAAAUUUUAGUAAUGUGCAGGGAACUUCAUUUGGUCUCCAGGAAAGGUGUGCAGGUGCUGACACUAUAUCUGUUGUUGCUCAAUUACUGCAUAGAUCUAAGGCUCAUCUCCAGUCCAUGGUCCUGCAGAACAGUGCUGCAAAAGUUGAAGAGUUCUAUGUGCACAUGGUAGAUGCUGUACCAGAUCUCAUUGAACAUAUUCAUCGAACAACUGCAAAAUCACUUCUUCACAUUAGUGGGUAUGUUGAUCGAAUUGCUAACGCGAAAUGGGAAGUCAAAGAGCUUGGUUUAGAGCACAACGGGUAUGUUGAUUUGCUGUUAGGAGAAUUUAAACACUAUAAAACCAGGCUAGCUCACGGAGGUCUUCGGAAAGAGGUGCAAGAUAUCUUAUUGGAGUAUGGACUUGAAAAUGUUGCCGAAAUUCUUAUUGAAGGCUUAUCUAGAGUGAAAAGGUGUACUGAUGAGGGUCGAGCUCUUAUGUCGUUGGAUCUUCAGGUUUUGAUUAAUGGCCUUCAUCACUUUGUCUCCGUAAAUGUAAAAUCCAAACUACAAAUAGUUGAAACAUUUAUCAAGGCCUAUUAUCUUCCAGAAACUGAAUAUGUGCAUUGGACUCGUGCUCAUCCAGAGUACAACAAAAGUCAUAUCAUCGGGCUGAUAAACCUCGUUGCCACAAUGAAGGGCUGGAAAAGGAAAACCAGAUUGGAGGUGUUAGAAAAGAUCGAGUCGGCCAUUUUGUAGCAUGUGUAAAUUGUGAAAGAUUCGAAGUACAUGAAGUGAUUUUGUUACAAAUAUAUGUUUCACCAAUGAUUUUCAUUUCGAUUUUAUGUAAAUCGAAUGAGCAUGUGAAUUGCUGUGACUACUAUAGUGAAAGCCUGUACAUCUUAUAUUUGAUGUUGUAUGUAAUAUUGCUUUAAAUAUCAUCAGACAUUCAAGCAACAAAUCAUUUUACA